CUGUGAAUAUUUAUUUAAAAUUUUAAACACAUUUUUUAGAACAAUAAAUAAAUAAAAAAAAAUUAGCCAGUGUUGACGCCGUAGCUUUUAUUCGUCUAGAACCACCGCUCCCAUCAUCGUUCUCAUCUCCUCGCCCUUGGCCUCUACUCGGAAUCUUGAUCUGCAAUCGCCCUUCUGGGUUCUGGGAAUGCCUGUUGAAGCUUCUGAAUUUCUUGUUAAUUCUUGUGGGCUUGGCUAUGAUUGGUUAUGGAAUAUACCUUUUCGUGGAGUAUAAGAAUGCUGAUUCUCCUGGUGAUGCUCCUCUUCCCCCUACGAGUGAAGAGAUUGUGCAGCUUGGUCGGCCCAUGCUGUUAGCUGUGACUCUGGGUGAUAGUAUUUUCGACAAACUUCCAAAGGCGUGGUUUAUAUAUCUUUUCAUUGGCACCGGUGCAGUUGUUCUGUUUAUUGCUUGUUGUGGUUGCAUUGGAACUGCUACACGUAAUGGGUGCUGCUUGACUUGCGUAUCCUUUAUAUUGAUCUAAUUGUCUUACUUGUAUGCUUCUCUAUAUAACAUUUCCAUUUUUUUAUGAAUCUGAUUGAUAGUUAAAUUCCCGUUGUUGCUUAUUUAGUUGAAGUUAUCACAGCUUUCACAAUAUGAGUCACUAUUGUUUCAAAAUGUUUGGAGUUGGUUGGAAGAGUACGAGCGAACGGUUGGUUGUUUGAACUUGUCUUUGUUACUUCUCUCUUUUCUACACUUCUAAGGUUAUGGAAAUUGUGUGGAUAUUUUUCUUUAUCAAUGGUUGUUGGGUUCCUUAAGAUUGUUAAAGUUCUCAGUACUGGUGUUCUUGUUAAUACUAAUAGAGCUGGGGUUGGCUGCCUUUAUAUUCUUUGACAAGAGCUGGAAACAGGAAAUUCCAACUGACAAAACUGGAAAUUUUGAUAUGAUAUAUGAAUUUAUGGAGGGGCACUGGAAAAUUAUCCAGUGGGUGGCUUUGGGAGUUGUCAUAUUAGAGGCCCUUAUAUUUUUGUUAGCACUUGUUGUAAGAGCUGCAAAUGCACCAGCAGACUAUGAUAGUGAUGAAGAAUAUAUAGGUGGGCCGAGGCAACAAAUUCGACAGCCUCUGAUAAAUAAUAGGGCAGCUGCUCCAGCCACAGGUGUACCUGUUUCUGGUUCUCUUGAUCACCGUCCGAGUAGGAAUGAUGCUUGGAGUACACGAAUGAGGGAAAAGUACGGAUUGGAUACCUCGGAAUUUACAUACAACCCAUCUGAGUCAAACAGAUACCAGCAAGCUGCAGUGCAACCAACUGAGGAAACAAGUCGCUGCAUCAUUAUGUAAUUUGUGUGUUUGUAAUCAUUUGAUUGUAGUUAUGUGGUCUGAAGGCUUUGUAUCUUAAUGAGUAAACAUAACAAUCUUUUUUUUUUUUUUUUUUUUUU